GGGUCGCCCAUGCUUCUAUUUGCAACAGACAAGGAUAUUAGAGUGGCAAACGUUUCUCGAACAAACAAGGUAGCAACCAUUGUUAAAGAAUUAUCAGAUGGAGCUGCUUUAGAUUUUUAUUAUGAGGGUGGAUUAGUCUGUUGGUCUGAUAGCGGACUUGAGAUGAUACAAUGUGUCCGUACAAAUGGCAGUCAUGAGAAAAUGACAAUUGUCAAUUCAAGUUUAAUAUCUCCUGACGGUCUGGCAUGCGAUUGGUAUACUGGAAAACUUUACUGGACAGACAGUGAAAAGAAACGUAUAGAAGUGACUAGUAUUGAUAAAAAGUAUCAAAAAGUAAUUUUCUGGACUAAUGUAUCCCAGCCCAGAGCAAUAGCAUUAGAUCCCAUGAAAAGUAUAUUUUUUUGGACAGAUUGGGGCGAUGAACCGAAGAUCGAAAGAGCUGCUAUGGACGGCGAUCCCAGUACUCGGAAGACCAUAGUUUCCGAAGAAAUUUUUUGGCCUAAUGGUUUAACACUUGAUUACGAAAACGAACUAAUAUACUGGACUGAUGGAAGACUUAAAUUUAUUGCGGUUAUGGAUUACCAAGGAAACAAUAGGCGAAAAAUUAUUAGUGAAGGAUUGGAAUAUCCUUAUGCAAUUACCUUCUUUGAUCUGAGACUUUAUUGGACGGACUGGAAGGCUUGGGGUAUUUAUUCUUAUGAUGUUCGUUUAAGUCAAGGUCAUCCACGAGAAUUAUGGAUUCAAGGUGUACACGUGCCGGGAGACAUUGAAGUUUGGGACUCAAAGAGGCAACCUCAAGGUGAUAAUCCUUGCAGACAUGCUAAUGGAAAUUGCUCCCACCUUUGCCUACUAAGCCCAAAAGCACUGGGUUAUUCUUGCGCCUGUCCAACUGGUGUCAAACUUAUUGACAAUUUUACUUGCGCUAGAGGACCAGAGAAGCUUCUUUUGAUUGUUCAACAGACCGAAAUAUGUCAUUUAUCUUUGGAUUCUCCUGAUUAUACUACUUUCGCGCUUCCUUUGAAAGGCAUCCGACAUGCUAUUGCGAUUGAUUUUGAUCCAGUAGACGAGAUGCUUUAUUGGACUGAUGAUAAAGCCCGAACAAUUCGCAGAGCUCGCCUGAACGGUUCUGAGCAAGAAAACAUUACUACCACCGAAGUGGAAAACCCUGACGGAAUUGCGAUUGACUGGGUGGCUCGUAAUUUGUAUUGGACAGAUACAGGGACGGACAGAAUUGAAGUUGCACGCCUUAACGGAAGUAGUAGAAGAGUUCUUAUUAAUGAAGAUCUUGUCGAGCCGCGAGCAAUAGCUGUUGCUCCCGAACUGGGCUGGAUGUUUUGGACUGAUUGGAAUAAGAAGAAGCCGAAGAUUGAGCGUAGUAACUUGGAUGGUAGUGAAAGAAUUCUUCUUAUUACGGCUGAUAUCGUUUGGCCUAACGGAAUUGCUUUAGACUUAGAUCAACGAAAACUAUACUGGUGUGACGCAAAAACUGAUAAAAUAGAAGUUUGUGAUAUGAGUGGCUCCAACAGACGAGAAGUUAUUACUAAGAAAUUAGAUCAUCCUUUUGGGCUCAGCUUAUUGGAUGAUUAUUUAUAUUGGACGGAUUGGCAGAAACGGAGUAUCGAGAGAGCACACAAGUUAUCUGGAACUGAACAUGAAGUAAUUAUUGAAAAUAUUCCCAAUGUAAUGGGCCUGAAAGCAGUUCACAUUGGGAAAGUUAGUGGUAAAAAUAAAUGCACAAACAAUAACGGUGGGUGCAGUCAUUUGUGCCUUAAUAAACCUCAGGACAAAUAUGUUUGUGCAUGUCAAAUAGGAUAUGAACUUGCGAGGGAUAACAGAACAUGCGUGAUACCAGAAGCUUUUUUAUUGUUCGCUAGAAAGGAAAAUAUUGGACGAAUAAGUAUUGAGAAUACCAAUAAUGACAAUAUUAUACCAGUUACGGGUGUAAAAGAUGUAAAUGCUUUGGACUUCGAUAUAGCGCACGAUCAUAUUUAUUGGACAGAUGUUAAAGUGAAAGCUAUUAGUCGGGCAUUUAUAAAUGGCUCGGAAAUGGAAAAAGUAGUUGAUUUUGGAUUGGAAACACCGGAUAGUUUGGCCAUUGAUUGGAUUUCUCACAAUGUAUAUUGCAGUGAUACAAGUUUUCACCGAAUUGAAGUUAUUCGCUUAGUGGGUCGCAGUAGAAAAGUGCUUAUUUGGCAAAAUAUUAUUGAGCCUAGAUGCUUGGUACUAGAUCCUCAAAAAGGUCACAUGUUUUGGACUGACGUCAGCGAAAGUUCAGGAAAUUCUGGAAUUAUUGAACGAGCCUACUUGGAUGGUAAUAGGCGCAAAGUAAUACUGUCCGAUAUAGGUCGAGUGAAUGGUCUAACUUUGGAUCAUGCAACGGAUCGUCUGUACUGGACAGAUUCAUCUACCCCCGCUAUUGACAGUUACGAUUUAUAUACAAAGAGAAGGAAUUCUCUUGUGACGCAGGGCAUAGUUUACCCAUUCUGUAUAACUCAUUAUCAAGACAAUAUUUACUGGUCCGACUGGAAUACCGGAGACAUUGAAAGAAUCAAUAAAAGUACUGGUGCUAAUAGAACAAUAAUAUACAGCCGACUUGAAUCAGUAACAUCGCUGUUAGUUUUCCACGCAUCGCGCCAAUUUGGAUCCAAUGCUUGUGCUGUUAAUAAUGGUAAUUGUAGUCACAUCUGCAUUGCAUUACCUGCAAUCGUUGGUAAACUUUCGACUACCCGCAAAUGCUCGUGCCCAACUCACUAUAACCUCAGUUCGGACAACAAAACUUGCCUUUCUCCGACUAACUUUAUGAUAUAUAGCAGUCGUAAUUUAAUUGGCCGGUUCCUACCCGACGUAAACGAUUGUCCAGAUGUUAUACUUCGAGUUCAAGGAUUGAAGAAUAUUCGGUCUAUUGAGUUUGAUCCAAUUACUCAACAAAUUUAUUGGAUUGAUGGGCGUAGUUUUGCUAUUCGAAAGGCCCUGGAAAAUAAAACACACGCAUCAGUCGUGGUAGCAGGUGGAUAUGGACAUACUUUUGAUUUGGCUUUAGAUCCCAUAGGAAGACUUCUUUUUUGGUCAUGUGCGACUCAUGACGCUAUAAACAUCACCAGGCUCGAUAAUAUUUCCAAUGUGGGAGUUGUAGUGAAAGGUGAAGGUGAAAAACCACGAUAUAUUGCUGUUCAUUCGGAAAUGAGAUUACUUGUUUGGACAGAUAUCGGUGGAAUGUCAAAAAUUGUAUUAAGUAAAAUGGAUGGAAAAGAAAGGAGAAUCAUUGCUUCUAAUCUAGAACCACCCUCCAGCCUUACAAUUGAUACAGUCGCGAAUCGAAUUUACUGGUUACAUGGAAAAUACAUAGAAGUUGCAGAUAUUACAGGAGCUAAUCGUAGAAUUCUUGUUAACACUGGUCAAAGCUCUAUUGGACACUUGUCUGUCCUUUUUAAUUAUGUUUAUUGGUACGACCGCAGCACUCAAACAAUUGAACGCGUUGAAAAAAGUACUGGUUCUAACAGAAAUAUUAUGAUGUAUCGUCUUCUUACUGACCUUAUAACUAUAAAAGCACCGGAUGAUCAUGUCAUGGAAUCACAUGUUUGUAGUCCUUCACACGAUUACGGUGGAUGUUCCCAUCUUUGCAUUGGAAAUUCUGCUUUGCGAUGUUCAUGCCCCCAGUCUCUGGUUUUAAGUGAAGAUGGAAGAACUUGUAGAGAAGCCCCUGCCUGCGGUGCAGAACAUUUUACUUGUGCAGCACCAAAUUCCGCUGUUGCUCAAAAGUGCAUUCCUUCUACAUGGAAAUGUGAUGGCCAAGACGACUGUCCUGAUGGUAGUGACGAAUUGAGUUGCCCAGCUUGUGGGCAUGACCAGUUUAGAUGUCAAAAUGGCCAGUGCAUCGAUGGAAGCUGGGUUUGCGACGGAAUGGCACAUUGCUCUGAUGCGUUUGACGAGGCAAAUUGUUGCCGACCAGAACAGUUUCAGUGCAAGGUCACGGGCAUUUGCAUUUCCAAAUCUACUGUCUGUGAUGGUUGGGAGAACUGUGCAGAUGGAAGUGAUGAGAAUACUUCUGCUUGUGCCUCUGCAAAUAAUCGUCAACGAGAUUCAAGACUGGUAUUCGACUCGGGAAAAAGUACCUAUAUCGUCGUAAUUUUAGCAGUGUUGCUGGUUUUGGCCGGUGGAGGAGUUUCUGUUUACUAUUGUCGUAAAAGAAUUUCAGCUAAUAGCGAUCUACCAGAUAUUCUACACGACUCCGCAGGAGAUCCACUUUCUCCGAAACCAAGUCGAAUUGUUAAGCCCAUGUCUGCACAAAAGAAUAGCAGGAAGGAACUUAAACCUGGAUUGGAUACAAUCAGAAUGUCCGCUUUAAAUGGAAGCAGCAUAAUAUCAAGCUACGAUCGCAGCCAUAUAACAGGUGCCUCGAGUUCUACGCGCGGCAGCUCUACAGGCGGGUAUCCACAAGAAACAUUAAAUCCACCUCCUAGCCCUGCAACAACAGCUAAUUCCACAAGAUGUUCAAGCAGCAACGCUUCGAGGUGUAGACCAUACAGGCAUUAUAGAAGUAUGAAUGCGCCACCACCGCCAACCCCAUGCAGUACAGAUGUCUGUGAUGAAUCUGAUAGUAAUUAUCCUAUACGAUGGAGAUAUGAAGCAGAACCUUUUCCUCCACCACCCACACCAAGAUCUGUUUACCACAGUGAUGUUGCGAUAAGUUGCCCACCUUCGCCAAGCUCUAGGUCAUCUACUUAUUUUCAUCCUUUGCCCCCGCCGCCUUCACCCGUUCCCUCUUUAAAAAAAAAAGACUAUUGAGAUCUAAAAAUUUUAGUAGCUACCCAUAAGGCUUAAUUUUAAUAAAAAAAUAUCGAAUAGAUCGUAUUAUAUAGAAAACCAACCCAAUUUUUUUAUCACGUUACAUAUCACAGUUUAGGAUGUAUACACUUUUUUAAAAUGAACGCUUACGCCGCUUAUUUUGCGAGUGGUAAGUUCCCGUUUACCCACCGGAGAAAGAAUUAUGUGGUGUUUUAGCAAUCAUGGAACGUAUAGGAACUCCUGCCAUCCCUAUGGCUAUUAGCUAAAUCCCAUGGACCCACUUGAUAACCUAACGUUACUGCCAUAUGCAAAAACGCGCUCCUAAUCCAGGAACUUGGAAACUUUAUAAACCUAAAAAUUCAAUCUUACGUCUAAGAGAAACGUUUGUUUGUCAAAGUUGUCGAAAAAUAUGUUAAAUUAUUGUUCCGAAAUGGAUAAAAAUGGGGGAGACCCCUUCCCCUCCCAGGACUCCGUCCUGUGGCGCUAAAUUUUAAAUUUCUCGAAAAGCCCUAAACAGGCAUUUGUUAUCUAUAUUAUGGUGAGCUCCUUUUCAGAAUUAAACUCCAUCUAUAUUUCAUUAGACACAUUUACAUUAGGAUAACUCAAUUUUCUUAUGCAUGAUAACAUUUGUUAUAAUCUAAAAUAUAAUCUGAUUUAUUUAUUCUAAAUCUCAUUGCUUCGAGGUAAAUUAGGUGAUAAAUAAAGUAAGUAAAUAAAUCCGAAGAAUGUCUUGUAACACUAGCUAAUUAAUGUGGAGUAUAUUGAUAGAAAUGAUCAAUGAUCCCGGUGGAAAGGUGAGAAUUUCACAUAGGAAGCCAUAUAAGCAUAAGUUUAUAGGAAACAGACAGAAAUUUUGCGCACAAAAGAGGGAAUUAGACUUUUUUUUAAGUGUUAAAUGACUUCUCAAGUAUCUACACAUAUUGAGCAUUAGAUGGGGUGUGCAAACAACUCGGAAGUUCGAACGAGUGCAGUCGAGAUUGUUCGGUUUUGAAUCGGUUCAAACUUAGCUCAAUCGGCUUUAGUCGGGUUGAUAGUUUUCCUAAAAUUUCAACAAUUAUCAACUACUCCAAUCGUUUUGAUUUCCUUAAAAGUUUUAAGUUCACGUGCGAUUUCAAGUUGCUAGAAGCUUUAUGUUAUCAAGAUUUUUAGCAAACCGGUUACUAGGGGGUUUUCAGGUUUCUGAUCAUAAAUAGGUAAAAAAAUCGACAUUUUUUAUCCAAAUUUUCCAAACGGUGCUUUUUUCGAAAUAAAACAAAAAUUCGUCGAUUAUGAUAUAAAACCUUUGGCGACCAAUGUUUAAAUGUUGAUGAAUAAUCACCUUAUAAUGGUCACUUACCAUUUGCCUAAUACAAAGUCGAGAAUUUGAAAAAUAUGAUAAAAAGAAUUGGAUUAUAAUUCUAAAUAUUUAAAAAUAUUAAAUAUAACAACGUCAUGACCAUUUAUAUCUGAAAUAAUCACAAAUCGAUGAGUUCGUGUACGUAAAUUUUAUGAUUUCUUAUUUUAAACUAUGUGUAUAAUCGUUUGGAUCUUACCCUUACUUUUGUUUCUCUCGAUCGCCAGAAUAACAGGAUUAUCUAGGGAGCAAACCCCCUCUAUCUCUGUAGUCCCUUUCAAGCUUCGGAAAAACUCGUAUCGCUGCGCUUUUUUCACAAAUAAACGUAAGUUUUUCACAAAUUAAUGUAAAACAAAUGGAUUGGGCUAAAAGAAUCAAAGGUAAUAUAUCAGAUUUCUCUAUAAUAUACAAAACAAUGGUAUGCGAUAACAGAACGUUUAAAGACAAAAAAACUGAACUCAUGAGGUUAUAGGCCUCAAACUUUAGAAAAGCAGCAGCAAUAAAACCUAUUUUAAAGACAAAUGUUAAAAACUGGAUUUUAAGGUAACUUUUCUUAUCAAUCUCUUUAGUUCAGGCUCAUCUACAGUCGGAGUAACAUAUUUAUCUAUAUUAUUAAUUAGAAAAACACAUUCAUGAAUUCAUCCAUUUUUGAUUAUUGCAGAUUUAAAUUGUCACGACUUUGUUAUUUCUAAUGUUUUUAAUAUUAGGCAUUAUACGUACUCCGAUUACUUUGAUCGGAUUUUUGGACGUGGUCUUGAAAAGAGACUGGUGCCAGUCUGAAAUGUAGACUAUGUAAAUGACUUUGUAAAUAUAAAAUUUCGAUUUUCAAGCCUCUAAAUUUAUUCACCAUAUUAGUUGAUUAUUUUGUAUAGCUCUAUAAUGUGCAAAGAUUCAUCAAAAUCGGCGAAUGAUACCAUCAACUUACUUUUCAGUCUUUCAUGACAAAAUUGGUUUCAGAAUUAAAUUAAUACCCCUCUUCUUAUGUAUUGAGCUAUUGAUCAUUAGGAUGCUCCUUCUUCUACUUUUUUUGGAAACGAUCUGCUCCUACACCUAUACUUGCGUUCACAUCCAGUUUGUCUUCAGUAAAUAUUUUCGGAUGCCCCCUUGUUAUUUUAAGCCAAGGAAGAUAUGAAGCGUACUAGGCAUUUUUGGGAAAAACAAUUUUUUUAUUUUUACAAUUUAAAAACUCAUUAAGAAAAUCAUCGCAAAAUAUGAAUAUCAGUUCAUGGUUUAAAAUUUGUUUUCUUCCUGAAAUCUAUAACUUCAACAUUUUAUUCUUAAAACUGUUUGUUUUAGUUUAAUAACAAUUUAAAGGGAAUGUUCCAUGAUAAUAUCAAGGUUCGUGAUUUUAAAGUAAAGAAAAAUUGAUUUUCAUCUCUCAAAUUGAAGAAAAAUAAUUUUUGACAAUGAAAAAUAUCAUUUUUUUUAAAUGACUCCAAAUAUGAAUAAUUGUUCGUAAUUCAAAAUUGUUAAUCAAUUAUGUAUGUAUAUAAUACAUUAAAUUAGCAUUUACUUCAAUAUUGCUGCUGAAUUAGAAACAAAAAUUUAAAAAAAUAAUAUGUUGGAGCUCGUUAAACUAAGUCCUAUUUUAGCCGAUUUUUAUCGAAGUUUUAUAUUUUUGGGAAAGAUUGGUUGAAAUACAUUAGAUAGGCAUUUGGUAAAAGUAUAUUUUUAUAGAUUUCAGGAAAUAGAAAAGUUCGGAUCGUGAAGUACUGUUCAUAUUUUGCGUCAUUUUCGAGAAUAAUGAGCUUUUUAACCAUUAAAAAUAAUUUUUCUUAAAUUUUAGAGACAAAACAAAUUUUUUAUUGUUCUGAUGGUCAGAAACCUAAAUAAUCUUAUGAAGCAUGUUCUUCACCUUGUUACUGAACUAAAAACAAACUGGAGUAUCUUUAAAUACUCAAUAUAAUUCUUUCAUCUUUUCGCACUAUUCCUAUUAAAUAGGAUCUGAUUUUCUAAAAAAAUAUGACUAAAUGAAUAAACAUUCAAAAAGCGAGUAUUCUUUUUUUGAUUAGCGUUAUUGCACAAUAAUUUGUUAUUACCAUAGUCUAAUUUUAUUAAGCAGCACAAUUAUGUAGUAAUUUUCGUUUCCCUUAUUUAAUAUAAUAUACAAACGCUCUCUUAUUUUUGUUUUUAAAAGAAUGGGUACCCCUAAAAUAUUACCCCUUGGUCACAUUUUGUAUUCUGGUGAUGUAAAAAGAUGUUAAAUAGGAGCUCCAGGUUUAUAAUGCUUAAUAUUAUUUUUAAUAUAAAAUGGCCACUACGAUGAUUUACUUAUUAUACUUGCGAAAUACCAUGCAGCGUUGUGUUUUUAAACAUUUUACGUAUGUAGGUUAUUAUUUUUUUAUUAACCCAAUCAAAAAAUGCUCGUGAACAUCCAUGCAUUUAUUUUAAAAUGAAUUAUUCACUUCUUUUAUUGAUAUUAAAAGAGUUAGAGGUCGCCGAAUAGACCCAGUUUGAAGUUGUGCACCGAACCUAGGCUCAAUUCUCUCGUAGCGUAGAUCCGACGCAUAUGGAGAAGUGGUUUUCCGCAAUGAGGGAGCCGAGCCUGGACACGGUGCGUAAAUUGAGACUGGGCUUGUACGCUCUCUGUGUAUGUUGCAGUAAAUGAUGUUUAGUUUAUGUUAUGUUUAGGUAUCUGAGAGAUUCCUCAGAAUACAGGACGUUUCGGUUACUCAUUGGUACUCCUUUUCAAAUUGUAUUAAAAUGAUACUCAUAAUAUUAAAGAUUUAUAUGCAUAUAUGUGUAGAUCCUAGAUAAUACACGUGUAUGGCUCGUUCCCGCACGACUUUUUGGCAAUAAUUCGCCGUGUUCGCCAUUCUGAACUGCUAGAGACUGGAAGUUCGACAGAAAUACAGGCAUCGGUGCGACACUAGGGUGACCCUUAUUUUUCAUUUUUCGAAUUUCUUUAUUCUCAUCCCCCCCCCCCUCCAAUUUUUGUUCGAAUGUCCAAAAAAAUCUCAAAAUUUAAGCGAAAUAGAUAUAUAUUUUGGGGUCGCGCAAAGACCAUGAAGUUUUAUCGUGAUUUAACAUGGGAAAAAGUCAGCUUUUUGUAAAUCUAAUGAUUAAACGGGAUAAUGCGUUACACAUACUUCCUUAUUUCAGUAUAUUGCUCAGAAUUUGUUAGAGAAUAAAAAUCAAUCAUAAAUUUUGAUGACGAAUGACGAAGCCAUGCUUAUGGGAUGCCAAAGAAAACCCCAUAAGUAACAAAUUUGAAUUUUACGUAAUAUUGCGGAUUAUUAACGUUGUAUGAAUGUUUUUCUUAUAAAUAAUUUUUAAACUGUAAUUUAAGAAUACUCAGUCACCUGUUAGCUAAUUUUCAAUUGUUUAAACAUUUGUUUUUUAGGUACAUCGCGAAAUGAACAUUUCUUCAAUCAAUAAUAACAAUUAAAUAAUUCUACGAUUAUUUGAAUACUAUUUGUAUGUUCAAGUAUAUGGGACUUGCGUCGAAGAAAGGGGGCUUACUCUGAAAAUUGAGAUUUUUCAGAGCGAGCGAUCGAAGUCGACCCGAUAGAUGCGACUUUUAUGAGAAAGGGAAGCCUCACGAAAUGUUCCCUCUGCACUUACCACUGCAUUCUCACGGAAAGAGAUAGGUCGUACACGCGGUUCACGGACAGGGUAUAGAUGAGACCGGUAUGUGUAGUGGUGAGUGUUGGGAGGUGUUUCAUGGAAUCACAAACGAAAGCCCAAUUUCUCGGGUACCUAACAAC